AACAGGUAAUCCUCUCAGAGAAGGUGGAAGACACCACAUGGGGCAACAUCCUCCAGCAAGUGCUAGAGCCCUGGGAUGGCCAGUGCCUGAUGGAUAGAAUGGACAGGACGGGGCUCUGGGGGCGGCCACAGCUGCUGCUGCUGCUGCUGCUGCUCUGGGUCUCAGGACUCCGAGGCGAAGACGAGGAGCAAAUGUGCCUGCUGGAAGGCAGCAACCUGACCAUUUCCUGUUUGUACACCAGGCAGUACGCCUCCAGCCUGAAGGCCUGGCAGCGGGUGAGGAGCCGCGGGUCCCCAGAGACACUGGUGCGCACAGAUACCAGGAACGCGGACCUGAACAUGGCCCAGGCCGGUAGAUACCUGCUGGAGGACGACCCCACCGAGGUCAUGUUCAGAGUCACCGUGCGGGAGCUCCAGAGGCAGGACGUGGGGCUCUAUCAGUGUGUGAUUGACCUCUCACCCCAGACCCCCGUUGUCCUGCCUCCUCGGAUUCGGCUGGUACCAUGCGAAGGACUGCCGCCUGCCCUGGCCCUUUCCGAGCUGCAGGUGAUGGCUAUUGUUCUGACUUGCGGAUUCGUCCUGAACAAGGGCCUGGUGUUCUCAGUCUUGUUUGUCCUUCUCUGGAAAGCCAGGGCCUCAGGCGAGCCAAACCCAGGGGAGCAGCAAAGUCACCCUUCCAGGAGCUGAGGGGCAUGCCUUCCUCCCCUAGCAAACAUCACAUCUGCUCUCUGUCCCCAAAGGAACAAACAAAUAAACUGAUCUCUCAGGGAAGUAAAAGGCUUCAGAAACUUCUUUUGUGAGGUCUCUGCCCAGCCCCUUUCUUAUUGAGAGAAACG